AUGCGUCAUGUGCAAGGCGAAGCGAGUCAAGGUGCCCUUGUUCCAGACUCACCUACAUAUCUGCUGGUUUCUACGGGAACGGGACUACAGUGCGACGAGGCCAAGCCUGUCUGUGCCCGAUGCCACAGAAACCGCCGGGUCUGCCGUUAUCUACAAGCGCCGGCCGACAUCCUCGCCAUGCCCUCGCACCCGUCCUCUGACGACGAGGUGCCCGGCACGCCUAGCAAGCAGCUGCUCCAUCACUGCCAGGCGCACUGGGCGGACAUCUUUCCUGGAUUUGACCAGAACGAGGCGUUCCUCUCCGCCUUUAGGUCAAGUCCCCUAGUUCGCAGCGUCUGUCACGCCAUCGCCGCCUCGCAUCUGCGACACGUCCACGCGGCCCAGCGGCCACACGUACUUGCUGAAUAUUCCCACCGCGCCGCAGCCUUGGACGAGUAUAAACAGCAGCUUAGCCUGACGACUGCGCAGCUUGGUCAGACUGGCGUCAACGCGAUGAUUCUCGGGGCCAUGCUGUUCAGCCUCCUGACCUUUCCCUUAUCUCCAGCCGAGCAUGAGACCGGAGUCGAGAGCAGCAGCCCCUGGCUGUCCCGCGACCAUGACGCAGAUCUAGGCUGGCUCACCUUCCAAGCCGGCAUCGGCCCGCUGAUGAAGUCGGUGCUCAUAUAUCUCCCGCGAGCAUUCCAGUUCCUCAUCACCAUCUUCUCGCCACAGGUCGGCGGGACCGUGUCCCCAAACGUGGGACGAGUGCCGCCGCCGGUACCCAGACUGUGGACGCGCUUCUUCAAGCUCGACGAGGAGGGUCUCUUUGCGCAGCUCUCCACUCCUACCAACGCUUCGUUCCCUGUUUCACGCCCUGCUCCGCUCGCGUCCAGUGUUCGCCUCCUCGUGCCCACGACGGCGCUGAUCCGCGGCCUCGAACCCACGCCGUCCAACUCGGUCUCCUACCCAAAGGAAAUGUCGUGGCCUUUACCAUUUAGGAGGUUGAGAGCUUCCCGGUAA